AUCGAGACUCUGUCGGCCCACGAUUUUUUGCGCAUGACUCCAAGGUGUCGCUGCCGCCGACUUGCUCAUUCAGACUCAUUGUCUUCCUCUUGUACAACACCGACCUACCGCUUGCUUCCCGUUCGACAAGCCUUUGAUCAUGGCUUCCUACUAUAUCACGAAUCCUCAUGUUGGUGACAGGGAAAGCUCAGAAGAUUGGCGGAGUAUGUUGAAUACCAUUAUGUCCAAGUUACCGUGUCCAGGCUCCCCUCUGACCCUCGUCGUUAGUUCGCGGCUACAAUCCUCUCACACCGCCAGACCUACUACAACAUGAAAUCCCGCAGACGAAACAGUCCAAGGCGACCGUCCUACAAGGUCGAGAUGACUGCGUCGCCGUAGUCAACGACAAAGAUCCCAAUCGCCGUUUGUUGGUCAUCAUCGGCCCCUGCUCAAUCCACGACCCUGUCUCUGCCCUCGAAUACUGCGAUCGGCUACUCAAGAUGAAGGAGAAAUACAAGGACGACUUGGUUAUUGUGAUGCGGUCAUACCUAGAAAAGCCACGUACGACGGUGGGCUGGAAGGGGUUGAUCAACGACCCCGAGAUCGACGGUAGUUUCCUGAUCAACAAGGGACUCAGACUGAGUCGGCAGCUGUUCGUGGAUCUGACUGCCCGCGGGAUGCCAAUCGCCAGCGAGAUGCUUGAUACCAUCAGUCCGCAGUUCCUGGCGGAUCUGCUGAGUAUCGGCGCUGUUGGUGCGCGCACGACCGAGUCUCAACUACAUCGCGAGUUGGCUUCCGGUCUGUCGUUCCCCGUGGGUUUCAAGAACGGCACGGACGGGACGUUGGGCGUGGCGAUUGAUGCCAUCGGUGCGGUCAGACAUCCUCAUCAUUUUCUGUCCGUGACGAAACCUGGCGUGGUCGCAAUCGUAGGGACUGUUGGCAAUGAGGACUGUUUCGUGAUUCUAAGAGGUGGAACUACUGGCACGAAUUUCGAUAAAGAAAGUAUCAGGAAGUCAAAGGAGAAAUUGGCCGCGAAGGGCCUCAGUCCAAGAGUGAUGGUGGAUUGCUCGCACGGCAAUAGUGAGAAGCAGCACAAGAACCAGCCAAAGGUGGCCAAGGUAUUGGCGGAGCAGAUUGAGGAGGGAGAAGAGGGCAUCAUGGGCGUUAUGAUCGAGAGUCAUAUCAAUGAAGGAAGCCAGAAAGUGCCGCCAGAAGGCAAGGCAGGCUUGAAGUAUGGGGUGUCCAUUACAGAUGCUUGUAUAGGGUGGGAAGACACCGAACUCGUGCUCGAUGUCCUCGCCAAGGCUGUCCAGAAAAGGAGAGAGAAACUGGGUGGCAAGGCUGUCAAUGGUACAGCGACAACAGAAAACGGCCAUUCAUAAACGACCUUUUGAGAGCAGGGAACGCUUACACAGUACAUUCGACUGGAAAAUGUAGAUACCUUACAGGUGAGGUGGGAAAAGCAUUCCUCGUCAUUCAACCCGUCUUCACAUCGUGUUUCGUUCUACAAAGCUCUGACAAUUCGACGAGGCAAGGCUAAAGCUCAGCCUGCCCACCCCUGAGUGAGCCUCAUCUGUCUUUCACCCUCAAUUGACUCUCUGAAGCUUCCAUGCAGCAUUUUAACGACUGAAGAAAAGGAAAGGGGAAUAGGCUCCAUCAAGUAAGACAGUGUACAAAGAGGCGA